CAGACCGAUAAUACGAAUAAUAUUUAUCCACCUCAAACCUAUUCGCUAUUUCUUUGGCGAAUUUGCACUACUUUUUGAACCAUCAGCGAAGUUUAUCAGCGUGUCUUUUUUAUUCAGUCUUGUGAAAACUUCUUGACAAAAGAUGGCAUCAUCAUCAGGUUAUGAGAUUCUGGCCGAAGCAGAUAUGGAUCCUACGGAGGUAAAAGUGAGCAACUUGCCGGCCAUAGAACCUCUGAAAGAUUACAAGAUAAGAUGGUUUAUCCUGACAUUAUUCGUUCUCUUCUCAGCAGCGAAUUCAAUGCAGUGGAUUCAGUAUUCUAUUAUAGCCAACGUGAUAACAGAAUAUUAUAACGUUUCGACUAUAUGGGUUGAUUGGACAUCUAUUAUUUAUAUGGUUUUGUACAUUCCAUUUAUCUUUCCUGGAAGUUACCUCCUAGAUAAGUUGGGACUACGAAUAGCAAUCAUAUUGGGAAUAUCAGGAACAUGUAUUGGAUCAUGGAUUAAAGUACUAUCAAUUGCUCCAGACCGUUUCUACAUAGGUUUUCUCGGGCAGAGCAUUGUGGCCUUAUCACAGGUCUUUGUAUUAUCUGUACCAGCCAGAUUAGCUGCAGUUUGGUUUGGACCAUCGCAGGUUUCCUCAGCAUGCAGCAUAGGAGUUUUUGGUAAUCAGCUUGGUAUAGCCAGUGGCUUUCUCAUACCUCCUCUACUAGUGAAUUCGAAAGGAACCAGUGAUGAAAUACAGCAUGAUCUUUUCAUUCUCUUUCUUGGAGUUGCCAUCUUCACAACAGUAUUAUUUGUUGCUAUUAUUUUAUUUUUCAAAAAUGAACCACCAACGCCACCUUCAUAUGCUCAAGCUCAGCAGCAAAAUGAUGGUCAGGUGGAUUUCAUAGGAUCUCUAAAAAGUUUGUUGGUAAAUGGUCCAUAUAUCCUGUUGCUUCUUGCUUAUGGAAUCAACGUUGGAAUAUUCUACGCCAUAUCAACUUUGCUCAAUCAGAUAAUUCUACAGUAUUAUAAGGAUGCAGAGGCAGAUGCAGGACGAAUAGGAGUAUUGAUCGUUUUUGCUGGAAUGCUGGGAUCUGUUAUAUGUGGAGUUAUAUUAGACAAAUUCCACAGAUUCAAAGAAACGACUGUAGCUGUUUAUGCAAUGUCACUCGUAUCCAUGGUGAUCUUUUCGUUUGCACUCGAUAAAGGAAUGGUCCAUGUCUACAUUGUUUCUGGUUUAUUGGGAUUCUUCAUGACGGGACUGUUACCAGUUGGAUUCGAGUUGGCAGCAGAACUCACCUACCCUGAGCCGGAAGGAACAUCAGCUGGUCUCCUGAAUGCAGCAUCCCAAGUGUUCGGCACAGCUUUCACAAGCCUGUAUUCCUUCAUCUUCCACAACUUCAACGACACCUGGGCCAACGUCAUAAUGUCUGUGAUGCUGCUGAUCGGCACCAUUCUGACGUUUUGCAUAACGUCAGAUCUGAGACGACAGGCAGCCCAAGUCAAUAAAUCUUGAGUCAAUUAAGCGAUUUAAAAAAAAUCACCAAUUCCGACAAUAAUCGAGUUUAAAGCAUAUAUUUAAAAUUUUAUAUGUUUCUAUGGAGGAUUUGUAUAUAUUUUUCGAGUGAAUUGGAGCUGUGAAAAAGGCAGUCUAGUUGGCCGCGAGCCAUCUCGAUUGUCUGAUGUUAUUACAACAGUAUUCCAAAUAACUACAAAUAACCUAACCUUUUAGUGAAUGUAAUAUUUAUUCAGAGUUAGAUGAUGAUGAAAUAGUUAUUUUUGACUGAUAUUUUAUUCUUCUAUUUAAUACGUAGUUUGUUUUCUAUUGUUUCCACCCAUCAAGUAAUAAUCAAUUUUCAAUGUGAAAAUUUAUUUUUAUUUUGGAGAGGAUAAUCUGGAAAAGGAAUGCUCAAAGCAAUGUUUGGAUUCAGGGAAAUGUACCUUUAAGCAAAACGAUGUCAUAUCAAUUUUAAUAUCAUGGUACCUAUACAAUCUAAGUUUCAAUUCUAUUCUCAUUUUGAUCUGUACAAUGACAAUAAUUGUAAUUGUGAGGAGAUGAUUCCAAUGUUACGUCAAACAACGAAUUAUUUUUUAUAUAUACCUACUUGUUGUUGAAAUUUUAAUAUUUGAAAUGGAUGUGCUGAAA